AUGUAUGGAUUACUAUUUAAAUGGAUACAGGAUGAUGAUAUUGUAGCUGCUUUUAAACUUGUUAAUACUGAAAUUAAACUACCUUCACGUCGCAAAUUAAGUAGAUCUAUUCUAAAAAAAGAAAUACUUGUAACUAAUAUGGAAAAUUCGACUAAUUCAGAUAAAAAAAAGGUUUUAUUUGAUAUAGCUGAAAUUAUCAAUAACUCUACAUUUUGGAAUAAUUUAAAAGAGUUAGAUGAAAUUCUUCUUCCAUUUUGUGCAACACUUAAUAAACUCCAAUGUGAAUCAACACACUUAUAUGAUAUUAUACAUGCAUAUGCAUAG